AUGAUUAGUAGACGGAUCAUUAAAAAUGUCACUCUUUCAAUCAGUUUUAUCACAUCAUGGGCUUCGUUCCUUUUAUUUAAUCUUUCAUUUCCUUCAUCCUUUCUUUUUUUUCUCUCUCCCAUCUAUUUUAAAUCAUCUUAUGGUCUGUGUUUCAUUUUUUCAUUUAUUUUUUCUUUCUUCUUUCUUCUCUCUAUAUUUAAUGGUCUUAUGCUCUUUCCCUUGCUUCCUUCUUUCAUUCAUUCUUUCUUUUCUUCUUUCUUUAUUCUCUCUAUAUUAAAUGACUUGGUGACCUCUAAAUCACAACAAUUUCUUUCUUUCUUCCAUUCAUCCUUUCUUCUUUCAUUCUUCUCUGUAUUAAUUAACCAUAAUUUUUUUUUUCUUUCUUUCAUUCAUCCUUUCUUCUUUCAUUCUUCUCUUAACCUUAUAAAUUUUCUUUCUUUUUUUCAUUCAUCCUUUCUUCUUUCAUUCUUCUCUGUAUUAAUUAGCCUUAUAAUUUUUCUUUCUUCUUUCAUUCAUCCUUUCUUUUUUCAUUCUUCUUUUAACCUUAUAAAUUUUCUUUCUUUUUUCUUCAUCCUUUCUUCUUUCAUUCAUCCUUUUUCUUUUCUUUCUUUCAUUUUCAUCCUUUUCUUCUUUCAUUUUUUUCUCUCUUUUCUUUUCUUUCUUUUCUUUCUUUCAUUCUUCUCUGUUAUUAAUUAA